GUAUGAGCGAGACAACACCUAGUGAAUUGCCAUCAUCAGACUAUUCUUCUACAUCAGUUGUCCCCGUGAUAUUUUCAACUUUAGGUUACCAGGAAGAAUACUUGGCAUCGUUGCCUGCAUCACACAUUACUGACACACAGCACGGAUUCAAAGCAUCCCUUGAUGAAAUUACUGUUAGUAUCAUAGGCUCCACCAUCAAACCAGAGCUACAAGCUUCUGCUCUUACACCAUAUAAAAUGUCUCUCAAUGAAACUGCUGUUACUCCUGAGGACUCCAGCCACGUGCCAGAGAUACAAGGACAAAGACAAAUUGAGCACCUUUUUUCUGAACCGGUAAUGAUAUUGAUCAUUUUGGGGGUGAUGGCUGGUAUCAUUGGAAUUAUCGUUCUUAUUUCUUUCAUCAUCGGCCAAUUGACAAGAAAAAGUAGACUUGACAUCCAGCCUCCCACAUCUGAAGAAACAGAUGUGCCUUUAAGCUCUGUUGAAGCAGGGCAUCCAGCACCCCCCAAUCAUUCUACAGAGGAAUAAUCAAUGAGAAUGUGCUUAGCAAGCCAAAUUUUGAAAGAACUCAAAAAACACACAGGACCAGUCAAUGGAAAAAUUGGACACUUCAAUAAUCUGCCUAUGUUGUACCAUUGCAAGAAGAAAAUUUCAUCAUGAUGAAUUUCAGUGACUCAACCACAGGGAAAAAAAUCUCAGCUCAUUUAUACAAGAUAAAGAACACAUGUUUCCUUAUAUGCCUGAUUUUGUUAUAGUAUCAUGUUUAUAAUUACUUGUCUAGGAAUUCUGGUUCAAAAUUUCAAGGUGAUAGUAUAAUGUUUAUAAUUACUUGACUAUGGAUUCUGGUCCAAAAUUCAUCUGCUGUUCAUUAAGACUGACAUUCUGUUCUGAUCUGCUCCGCUCCGCUCCGUUCCGCUCCGCUCCGUUCCAUCCUAUC